AUGGUGGUUCUGGCGGAGCGGCUCCGGCGAGUCGGAAGCCGCAGCCGCCGGCUCCGUCCAAGGCCGCCGCCUCCCUCCCUCCUCCGCGCGGACGCCAAGCCACCCAAACCCACGCCGAAUCCGCCCCCAAACCCUACGCCUCCGCCUCCGCAUCCGCCGCCGACGGGCUCGAGCCCCGGGCCCCGCCGCUGCCGCCGACCUUUCCUACCACCUCUCGGUAGCGCGCCGCGCGGUCGGUGUCGCCGCGGCCGUACGUACCCCCCGGCCGCGGAGUUUGAUGUCUCCCCCCUGCCGACGCCAGCAGCAGUGUCCCCGGCGCGCAAGGGCUCCGUUGUCUUCCCCGCGCGCUUAGGCGAGAUGAGCGGCGGCGGCGGCGAUCAGAUACUUAUAUUUGGGAGCUUCACAGAGGCCGAAACCAAGUUGUUGCAUGGGCAACCUAAUGCAAACAAAGCACCGGAACUAGCUGAGAUUCAGUUUGGGUCACUGAAUUUCUCAGCUCUAAGUUUACAUACAACAACGAAUUCGGCCACUCAAGGUGAUGUUUAUACUGCAAAAUUAGUUGAUGGCCAGAACAAAAUCGUUACAAAGGAUAAUGCAUGCAGUAGCAAAAAGGAAACUGUAGCAUCUACCUUACCGAAUGGCAAGCCAGUGCUAUUCAAUGGAUUUCCCACUGCCACUGCCAAUGUUUCUCCUGACAAUCGUGUCAUUGAGAAUAAUCAGAAGGCUGGAGCCGCAGUUGCCUCGGGCGUGCCUGCCAUAAAUGUCAGCAGCUCAGCACCACUUCCAGUGCCGGAGGUGGGCCAUGAUGGGAUCGCACGCAAUCAAAGCGGCAGUUUAGUCCCAGGAAUAACUGAAAAUGGAGGGCCAGCUGUUCAUAAACCUACUAUUACAGCCCAAGUGGAUGUGGUUGUUAUGAGCUUAAAUAAAAAGGACUUUCAGAACAAGCCCUUGCCUCUACCUGGUUCGGAGAAUACAGUAAAUAAUGGAGGGUCAGCUGUUGAUACACCUACUAUUCCAGCUCAAGUGGGUGAUGUUGUGACAAGCUUAGGUAAAAAGGACUUUCGGAACAAGCCAUUGCUUCCACAUGGUUUGAAGAAUACAGGCAAUAUAUGCUUCCUGAAUGCGUCCUUGCAGGCACUGCUCUCAUGCUGGCCUUUUGUUCAGCUUUUACAAGACCUGAGGAGUCGGAAUAUACCUAAGGCUGGUUACCCAACAGUGAGUGCAUUUCUUGAGCUAAUCUCUCAAUUUGAUGUGUUUGAUGAUUCAAAUAUGAAGAAAGAUGAUAAGUUUGCUACAAUAGCGGCAAAGUCAGUUAAUCCUUCAAUGUUUGAUCCUGUUCUGAGAAAUUUUACUCCAGAUGUGCCUGCGGGAACAUCUGCAAGGCCAAGGCAAGAAGAUGCCCAAGAAUUCUUAAGUUUUGCCAUGGAUAGAAUGCAUGAUGAACUUGUGAAGCUUAAUGGCAACGGCUCAAAUUCAAAGGAGGGUAUGAUUGUUUCUUCAAAUGAUGACGACACUUGGGAGACUGUUGGGAAGAAAAAUAAGUCAGCAAUAUUGAGAACCCAGAGUUUUGUUCCCUCUGAGUUAACUGCUAUUUUUGGAGGUCAGCUACAAAGCAGUGUGAAAGCUGCAGGUAACAAAGCCUCAGUCACUGUUCAGCCUUUUCGGCUGAUCCAUCUUGAUAUAUUUCCAGAUGCUGUUCAUACACUUGAUGAUGCACUUCGUCUGUUUGCUGCUCCUGAGUCUUUGGAAGGAUACAGAACAGCUGCUGGAAAGGCUGGGUUGGUGACAGCUAGAAAAUCAGACAAGAUACACUCACUUUCAAAGAUAAUGAUACUACACUUGAAGAGAUUCAGUUAUGGAAAUUAUGGGUGUACAAAACUCUUCAAGCCACUUUCUUUCCCACUUGAGCUGGUUCUUAGUCGUGAACUGCUGAGUUCACCCUCAUCAGAGAGUAGGAGAUAUGAGCUUGUUGCAACCAUCACGCAUCAUGGGAAAAACCCGUCCAGGGGCCAUUACAGUGCUGAUGCAAAAUCUGCCAGUGGGGUGUGGCUUCGAUUCGAUGAUGAUAAGGUCACACCUGUCGAUGUGAACAUGGUCUUACACGACCAAGCGUACGUCCUGUUCUACAAACAAGUAUAAGUGUGGGGGUAUUGCUACGGAGUCGAUUAGUGCAUCCUCUUAUUGCUUGAACAGCCUGAUAUACUAACUAUAUCUUCCAGUUAAUGUAGCUGCUUUAUAACUGAGAAUCUUGUGUCAAGUGCCUGGUUUCCUGCGUUUUAUUUAUAUGCUUGAUCACAUAGGGGGAUUUUUGUUCAGGCCAUUGUUGAGGUUUUGUAAAAUGGAAAUGCUUAUCUUGGUAACGACCAUUAAAGUAAUCAUGUGAUG